ACGUAUAAAUGCAAGGGCGAGAGGGCGUAAGGUUGCAUAACCUCUCGCAUCGUACGAGUGAAUGCCACACUUCUGCCGAGAUGCGUCGCUUCAUGUUGGCUGUAUGGCUGGUUGUCAUCAGCUUGUGGACACAAAAGCCACACCCAACUGCCGCCCAGACAACUAAUCAUCAAGCCUUAGACCAGAUGAGUGCUUUUCUGCCUUACAACACAGGUUAUGGAACUCUUUACGGCCAGUCUUUGGGCUCUGGUGGCAGCAACUACCAAGGACUGCCCAACUACAGUCUGAACAGUGGGGAUCCCAAUGGGCUGGGAAAUUUCGAGCAGCAACAGGGCCAAAAUACCGCAGGCUUAGGUGUGCUUGGAAACUUCCAGCAACAACAGAGCCAGAAUAUUGCAGGCUUAGGUGGGCUUGGAAACUUCCAGCAACAACAGGGCCAGAAUCCUGCAGGCUUAGGUGGGCUUGGAAACUUCCAGCAACAACAGAGCCAGGACACGGUGGGUUCCAGUGGGCUUGGAAACUUCCAGCAACAACAGGGCCAGAAUAAUGCCGGCUUAGGUGGGCUUGGAAACUUUCAGCAACAACAGGGCCAGAAUACCGAAGGCAUAGGUGGGCUCGGAAACUUCCAGCAACAACAGGGCCAGAACACUGGUGGUUUAAGCGGGCUUGAAAACUUCCAACAGCUACUGAGACCCUUUAAUGUGGGUUUAAAUGGGCUGGGAGAAUUUCAGCAGCAACAGAACCAAAACAAUGGGGAUUUUAAUGGGUUUGAAAACUUCCAGCAACAAUUAAACCAGGGAACAGGGGAAUUUAGCAGCCCAGGAAACUUUCACCAGUCUCAAGGGCCUUACAGUGUGGGUUUCAAUGGAUUAGGAAACAUUCAACAGUUUCAACAACAGUACCAUAGAGGACAAGAUCGAGAUACAACUGAUGAUGGCAAUGGUAGGGAAACCCAAGGGCCACAAGUGUCUCAAGAUUCUGGCAACAAGGAAAAUGGUUCACAGCAGGGACCAUCUCCUGAGCAGUCGAAGCCACCUAGGCCACCAGUUAAAACAAACCCCAAUGGGAAGAUAUCUUUUCUGCUCUCAGGUUUAUCUGCUAUUUCCACCGUUAUUGGUAGAGCCUCAUCGGCAUCAGCUACCUCUUCGGUACAAGCUUCCCAAAGCAGUUCCGCGCAAGCUAGCUCCUCCUCUACUCAACUUAGUCAACCUGAUCAAGGUAGUCCCUCAUCGGGCCAAGACAGUACAUCCGCCCAAGGCAGCCAACCUUCUCAAAGUGGUCCUGCUGCAAGUUCUUCGCCACAGUCAGCACAAGGAACUGCUUCUCCAGCACCAACCCACCACCAGCUCGGGAACUACCAGACACUCGGUGGCUUUGGAGGAAGCUUAGGGAUAGCACCACAACAGAGCUUCCCUGAUGCUGCGGGAAGUUUUUAUAGUGAUUACAAUACUGGCCAUGGACUCAUUGGCCAAAAUUUCUGGUAAUAUGUCGCCAGAGAGACUGAUGUUUCGUUUACAUUUUUUUUUGUUUGGUUCGUCUAGUCUAUUUCUUUUUGUUCCAGUGCUAAAUAAAAAUAGCUUUCCUUUAAAUGUAUAACUCUAAUUUUAAAAUUAGAUAUUGCAUAAUCAGCAUAAAUGAAAGCUGCACUUUAUUAACAACACAGUAAAACUACCACAAAAAGUUAUUAAUAUUUUACAUUUUUAAACAUAAUUGUACACAAAAAGUUGUUAAACAUAAUAAAUGAUUAUUUAUUU